AUGAUCAUGUCUCCGCUCCUAGGGCUCAUAUUCUGCUUCUUGGGACAAUGGCUCCUCCUACGAACAAUUUAUCGUCUCUACCUCCACCCCCUCAAGAAAAUUCCUGGCCCAAAGCUGGCGGCAAUCUCACAUCUCUAUGAAUUCUACUACGACAUCAUCAAGGGCGGACAAUUCAUUUACGAAAUCCAGAGAAUGCACAACCAAUACGGACCUAUUGUCCGUAUCAACCCUCGUGAGGUCCACGUCAUUGACCCGGAGUUCUACGACGAGAUCUACGCUUCUGGUAGCCGCAAGCGCGACAAGGAUGCUCGGUUCGUGCCUACGUUCACCCUACCGACGUCGAUGAUUGCGACCGUCGGCCACGAUCACCAUCGGUUCCGACGUGGGAUUCUGGCAAACUACUUCUCCCGCCGGUCCGCUUUGGAGCUCGUUCCUCUGGUUGAGGAAAGAGUUCUCAAGCUCAUGGAUCGCUUGGACGGCUUCCGUCAGAGCCAGCGCGUUGUACGCCUGGAUGAUGCCUUCGCCGGGUUUGCGGCCGAUGUGAUCACCUUGCACUCCUACGGUCAGCGAUUCGGAUUUCUGGAGGAUAAGAACUUCCGAUGCAACAUUCGACAAGCGGUGGGAGAGAUCACCGUCCUGAGUCACUACAACCGGUUCUUCCCCAGGGUAGUGCAAGUCAUCGAACAGCUGCCCCUCUGGCUUCUGUCGUGGCUACAGCCGGGCAAGUCCAGUCUGUAUGACCUGCAGCGGACAGUCUAUGCGCAAUCGCAGGAGUCGAUUGCCAAGCGAGCAUCAGGGUCCGAGUUACGCCGAUCGGUGUUCACCUCCUUGACCGACCCCAAGGUCCCCCCACACGAGCGCACACCCCAACGUCUGAAGUACGAGGGAUUCUUGGUGCUGGCUGCUGGAACGGAGACCACCGGUCGAGUGUUGACGAUCGCGGCGUUCCAUCUGGCCCACAGCCCGGAGAUAUGUGAUCGCCUUCGCGACGAGCUCAAGCAAGUCAUGCCCACGCCGCAAAGCGCGGUGGGAUUCCCGGAGCUCGAGAAGCUGGCGUACCUGACGGCAGUGAUCAACGAAGCCCUCCGCCUUGCGUCACCUUUGACUAUUCGACUCCCUCGCACCGCACCCGAUGAGACGCUGAAGUACAAGCAUCAUGUGAUCCCGCCGGGAACACCUAUGAGCUCCUCCUCGUAUCUGAUGCAUCGUAACGUCACCAUCUUCCCUGAUCCGGAGAGAUUCGAUCCGGAGCGCUGGCUGGACGGGUCAGAGCAAGACAGACGACUCACCCGCUAUCUCUCGCCGUUUACUCGAGGUAGUCGGAUGUGCCUUGGUAUCAAUCUAGCCUAUGUGGAACUCUACCUAGCCAUUGCUCAUCUCGUGCGACGAUUCGACUGGGAGCUGCAUGAGACGACCCCGGAGGAUGUGCGGAUCGUGAGCGAUUUCAUAUUAGGGGGCACCAGACGGGGUGAUAUAAAAGUCGAUGCUAAGAUCGUAGGCUGCGUUCAGGAUUAA